CCAGAAGCACAAGAACAAAACUUCAACACAAUACUUCCAAAUUGCAUUUUCCCAACCAUGGUCAAGAACUCCAAAUCCCUCCUCAUUUCCUUAACUAUUCUCUUCUUCAUAACCAUGGUCACUUCAAAAUCACCAAACUUCUCUCAAAACCUAUCUCUACAAGCACUUGGCCUCAACAAGCAAGAGAAGCUAAGCCACCUCCGCUUCUACUUCCAUGACAUUGUCAGCGGUCCAAACCCUACCGCCAUUUGGGCUGCCCAAACACCCACAUCCAAAAAAUCCCCAACCCUAUUUGGCUCCAUAGCCAUGUUUGAUGACCCAUUAACCGUGGGCCCAGAAAGAAGCUCCAAGCUUGUGGGAAGAGCACAAGGGAUUUAUGGGUCUGCUUCACAAAGUGAGGAUGCUUUGUUGAUGACCAUGAACUUGGCUUUUGUUGAAGGUAAGUUUAAUGGGAGCAGCCUUAGUGUUUUUGGUCGAAACGCGGUGGUUAAAGCUGUGAGAGAGAUGCCAAUUGUUGGUGGAAGUGGGGUUUUUCGGUUUGCUCGUGGCUAUGUUCAGGCAAGGACUCUCAAGUUCAAUGCAACAAGUGGAGAUGCUCUUGUUGAAUAUGAUGUGUUCGUUUUCCACUAUUGACUUUUUGUUUGCUGCUUUGCUUUGUUUUCUUUCUCUCGACAAUGUUCUUCACAGUGUUUUUUUGGUCAUAGUGUGGUUGGUGGAAGUGGUGGGGCUUUGGGUUUUUGUGUUGUUCGUGUAGAAAUAUGAAAAUGGCAAUCAAUUGUUAUAGUAAAGCAACUGCACGCGUGUUGAUUAGUUUACUGAAA